AUGCAAUUCUUAUCAGCAAAGUCAUUAUUAUAUGCUAGGGUACUGUUGUUGGCUGUUCUUGCCUUUUUUUGCAUAAAAGAUCCCUCGGUCUUGUUGGAAUCCGGGUUUGCUGUGCUCUUAGGUCAAGCAAUGCAAUUAAAUAUCGUUUUGGUUGAUAGUUCCAAUCCAUUACUAGGUAUCACAGCCGUUGCAUUCGCUACAUUAGCAAUUUCUGAUUUUAUUCCUUUAUUGGCUGAUAAUAUUGAAUAUUUCGAGACUAUUGUACCAACCAGAUUAUUCCUUUAUUUUGGAUUAGCAGCAUAUUCAUAUGUCACUAGUUCACCAUUUUUCAGUAGCAAUGUUAUCUUUGUAUACUCGUUCUUUGAAAUAUGGUUUAAUUUCUUAAUCUACAACAAUUUAAGAGAUGAAAGAUAUUAUAGAAUUAAGAAGUUUAUCGAAGAAAAUGGUGACAAGUUGAACCUUGAUGAAGCCGUUAAAGUUGCUGAAGUUGACUAA